UGCAGCAUCAGUGAGCCUCUGCCUUUUCUUCACAAGCAAUACCAACCAGGAGAUCUUAUCAUUGUAGACAUUUUAUCGAAGAUCUACAUCUUCUGUUCCAUGAUGGACUUCAGUGAAGCACCCUCUAGUCAUCUCUUUGACGACAUUCUCUAUUUUAGUGCAGAUUGGACCUAUCGAGCCUCAUUGGAACUGUUCUCUCCUCAGGAUAGAUUCAUCCCUAACUACAGCUGUGACAUGCAGAAUAGGCCAAUAGCUGUCCUUGGAGGACCAACCUCUGCAGUUGGGGUCCACAUGACAACCAUCCUGUCCCUUUACAAGAUGCCACAGCUCAUAUAUGGCUAUACUCCAGAGACAAAUGGGAAAAAGGAAGCUGUUUUAUACCAACAGAUGUUCCCAAAUGUCAAUGAUCAGUACAAAGGAAUUCUCCAAUUGGUUCUGUACUUUAAAUGGACAUGGAUUGGUGCAAUUUCUCCAAAGAAUGAGAAUGGUGAGAGAUUUGUACAUGAUGUAGUUCCCAUGUUUGCCCAGAGAGGUAUUUGCUUUGACUUCAUUGAAGGAAUUCCAAUAACAACUUAUUCAAGUAGCAUUUUUGACUUAAUGGAAGAGGGAAUUAAAAUGUUUAAAGUGGUUAUGACAAGCACCACUAAUGCAGUAAUAAUCCAUGGGGAAAUUGAUGACAUGAUUCUUUUGAGAACAUUCCCCACUAUGUCCAAAUUGGAAGGAAUACAGCUGUGGACAAAAGUUAAAGUUUGGGUUAUGACUGCACAAAUAGAUUUCGUAUCACUCCCCUUUAUAAGAAAUGAGGACAUAGACUUCAUCCAUGGUGCUCUCUCUUUUGCAAUUCACUCAAAGAAGGUGCUGGGAUUCUGGGAAUUUUUUCAGAUGACAAAGCCUACCCUUGACAGAGAUGAUGAUAGGUUUAUCAAGCUCUUCUGGAAAAAUGCAUUUGAAUGUUCAUUCUCCAACUCCAUGAUAGAUGAGGAAGAUGGAGUCCUCUGCACUGAAGAGGAGAAACUGGAGACUCUUCCUACAUCUGUGUUUGAAAUGGACAUGACUGGCCACAGCUACAGCAUCUACAAUGCAGUCUAUGUGGUAGCACAUGCUUUGCAUACCAUGUUCUCAUCUGCAUUCGCAUUCAGAGCAGAAAACCACAAGGCCCAACUUUGCCUUCUGGAACAACAGUUCUGGAAGCUCAACCACUUUGUGAGAAGAGUCUCAUUCAACAACAGUGUAGGAGAAAAAGUUUCCUUCAAUCAGAAUGGGGAGUUAGAGAUUGGAUUUGAUAUUAUGAACUGGAUCACUUUUCCCAACCAGUCUUUCCUGAGAGUCAGAGUUGGAAGGAUAGAUCCCAUGAAAUCUCAAAGAGAAAUAUUCUCUUCUUCUGAGGAACCUAUUGUGUGGCCAAGGAGGUUUAAUCAGGCCCUGCCACUUUCUCUGUGUAAUAACAAGUGCCCUUCAGGCUAUAGUAAGAGCAAGUUAGAAGGGAAGCCAUUUUGCUGCUAUGAUUAUCUUCAAUGUCCGGAAGGGAAGGUUGCCAACCAGGAAGACAUGAAUGAUUGCUUUCAAUGUCAACAAGAUCAGUAUCCAAACCAGAAUCAGGAUUUAUGUCUCUCCAAAGUUGUAACGUUCUUGACAUAUGAAGAAACUUUGGGAACUGUUCUGACCAGUUUUGCUCUUUUCUUUUCUUUGGUCACAGUUGGAGUCCUUUGGAUCUUUAUUAAGCAUCAGGACACUCCUAUAGUCAAAGCCAACAACCAAAAUCUCACCUAUGUUCUCCUUGUUGCUCUCAUGUUGUCUUUCCUUUGUUCUUUGCUAUUCAUUGGACAACCUUCCAAAGUGAUGUGUGUCUUUCGUCAAACUGCUUUUGCCAUUAUUUUCUCCGUGGCUGUUUCUUGUGUUUUGGCCAAAACCAUCAUUGUGGUUCUAGCUUUCAUGACCACCAAGCCAGGCUCCAAGAUGACCAAAUGGGUGGGGAAAAGACUAAGUAUGUUCAUAGUAUCUUGCUGCCCCUUUAUUGAAAGUAUUAUAUGUGCUACAUGGCUGUCAAUCUCUCCCCCAUUCCUAGAUGCUGACAUGAGUUCAAUGGCAGAAGAAAUAGUUCUGGAAUGUAAUGAAGGAUCAGUCUUCAUGUUUUACUGUGUCUUGGGCUAUAUGGGCUUCCUUGCCAUUGUCAGCUUCAAAUUGGCUUUCCUUGCAAGGAAAUUGCCUGAUGCUUUCAAUGAAGCCAAGUUUAUCACCUUCAGCAUGUUGGUCUUUUGUAGUGUGUGGUUGUCCUUUAUUCCAACAUACUUGAGCACAAAGGGAAAAUAUAUGGUUGCUGUAGAGGUCUUCUCCAUUAUAGCUUCCAGUGCUGGGUUACUGAUUUGUAUCUUUUUCCCUAAGUGCUACAUCCUUGUGUUGAGGCCUGAUCUGAACAAGAAAGAGCAACUAAGAAUAAAAAAAUAA